AUGGCCUGUCAAGCAGACAGAGUGUGCCACAAGGCUGAACCCGCAUAUGCCGUGCCGGCUUCCCCUUGCACUCCCGCGACACCCUGCAAGUCCGACGAUGAACAUGAACAAGACCAGCAGAUAUACACUGUGCCUGGCUACGAUGCCACUCUUCGCGCCACGGCGGGGGAAACCCGUCGUGCUCUCCUCAAGGUCGACCUCCUGAUGCUGCCUUUCAUCAUGCUCUGCUUCUGCUUUCUCCAAUUCGACCGCACAAACAUUGGCAACGCCCUCACCGACACCCUGGCCAAGGACAUGCACGUCGACAACUCGGACAUCAACCUGGCCCAGACGCUCUUCACGGCGGGCUUUGUCAUUACCGAGCUGCCCUUCAACCUGAUUAGCCGGUACAUGGGACCCGAGCGUUUCCUCCCCAUGACCAUGUUUCUCUGGGGGACCGUGACGUGGGCGCAGGUCUUUGUGAAGAAUGGCGCCGGGCUGAGUGCGGUGCGGUUCUUGAUUGGUGCUCUGGAGGGGGGUUAUAUCCCCGGAUUUGCGCUGUACAUUUCCAAGUUUUACACGAAUGAUGAACUGGCGUCGAGGUACGCUCUGUUUUGGGCGUCGAACGCGUUUGCCGGCGCGUUGGGGGGGCCGCUGAGUAUUGGGCUGUUGUCGUUGAGCGGGAAUGGAGGGCUGAAGGGUUGGCAGUGGCUGUUUCUUGUUGGUAUGGUCAACUCUGCGUUGUAUUUGGUCUCGUUUUUUGCCUCGAGAGACUACUUGCUAACGACGCCCAAAGAGGGCAUCCUGACAUGUGCGCUAGGGGUAAUUGCGUACGCAUAUCUCCCUCACAGCGCCGCGCAACCAAAGAAGUUGCUUGGGACAUGGUUCAACAUGUUUACCGAGCGAGAAGCUUCCAUCCUAGUGACUCGCGUGUUGCGGAACGAUGCAACCAAGGCCCUUCGCUGGGGGAAACCCGUCGAGGCGUCUGACGUGUGGCAGACCUUUAUGGACUGGCGACUGUACGGCCAUCUUGUUGCGGCGCUGCUGUCCAUGGUCAUGAUUGCGCCCAUGAACACGUAUGCGCCGUCCAUCAUCAAGGCCCUAGGCUUCACGCGGCUGCAAGCCAAUGGCCUCAACUCGGUCGGAAGCAUAUGCUCGCUUGUGCUGUCGGUUGGCCUCGCAUUCAGCAGCGACAAGACAAAGGAGCGCGGCAUCCAUGUCGCCGUGGGGUAUCUGGUUGGUGCCGCAGGUCUGCUUUGGCUUGCGUUGGCACCCGACGAUGUGCGCAAAUGGACCCUUUACGGAGGCGUGGUAUGGACGCAGAUGGGCAUGGGCUCGGCACAAGCCAUCAGCGCCGCGUGGCUGACGACCAAGAUGGAAGAUCACAAGCGGCCUAUUGCGCUGGCCGCGUACGUCAUGAGUAUUCAGCUUGCCAACUUUCCAGGCAACCAGCUUUUCAGGACUCAAGAUGCCCCGCGGUAUAAACGCGGCCUCAUCAUUGCCGCGUCGUGCACAAUCGCCGCCAGCGCCGUGAUUCUAGUAUGGAAGAUGCUGUAUAGACUGCUGGACGGUGGUGAUGGCGGCGUUGAAAAGGCAGCGUUGGAGCAGGACCCGGAGCCGCAGGCGGCAGGACCAACUUGGUCAACACUACAGAUGAAAUGA